AAUACAUCAUACUUAUAGCGCUUUUUUGGAUGUUCCUUCAUACUAUCACUCUUCAUGUUAUCCCUUCAACCAACCUUGAUUUAUAGAUCUGAAGUCUUGGGUUCAAUUCCUGCAAAACCUUUUCAUCCUUAUUAACCACUUAAAAACAACAAGAUCAAACCUUGAGUUGAAUGUCUCAAGUUGUAGGUUCAAAUACCUUUGAAACCUCUAAUAAAAAUAGAAACAAAUACUCAGUUAGAUGUUGAGUUGUCGAUCCUUUACGCUGGUUUUAAGCUUUUUAACGUAAUUUAUGAAUAUAUAUUAGCUCUAACCACUGUGAUUGUAAACAAAACAAAGAUAUAAUUGCUAAUAGCAAGAAACCCUCUAAAACUGUACAGUAUGCUAGUAGAUAUCGAUGUGCUGAACACAACUUUUUCAUUCUUAUUCAGAACUUUUAGAGAACACUCUUUAUACAGCUGCUCAUGUCUCUAUAACAUAGAUGUGAGAACCUUCAAUUAAUUAGCCAAAUCAUAUCGAUGUUACCUUAAUUGGUUCGAACCAUGGACAAAGGAAGAAGAAUUAUUCAAGCCGGAAGUGUUUUCAAGGGACAAAACAACUUUUAUUCUGAAGUCCUCGAACCGGACGCCUCGGUGAUGUUGCUUCCGGCAGGAAAACAAACCAGGAUAUCCAUGUAAAAAAGAACUGUUAGUUUGCUGCGUUACUCACGCAUAAUUAACCCGAACCCCAUUUUAAAUGUCUGUCUGAGGCUUAACUGUCAAACAUGAGCGUCACUUUGGACAUACGACUGAAAAGAGCGAAUAAAGUUUAUCAUGAAGGGGAGGUGGUGGCUGGUGUCAUCGUGCUGGUGUGUAAGGAGUCGCUGCAGCACCAUGGCAUCACUCUGAACAUGGAAGGACUGGUGAACCUGCAGCUCAGUUCUAAGAGCGUUGGUGUCUUUGAGGCAUUUUACAACUCGGUCAAGCCCAUCCAGCUGAUCAGCAACAACAUUGAAGUGGCCAAAGCAGGAAAGAUACCAGGUGGAAAGACUGAGAUUCCCUUUGAGUUCCCUCUGCAGGCUAAAGGCAACAAAGUGCUGUACGAAACUUACCACGGUGUCUUUGUCAACAUUCAGUACACGUUGCGCUGUGACAUGAAGCGCCCCCUGCUGGCCAAAGACCUGAGCAGGAACUGUGAGUUCAUCGUACACUGUCAGCCACAGAAAUCUAAAAUUGCUCCAACUCCGGUCAACUUCACCGUCACUCCAGACACCUUAGAGAACAUCAGAGAGAGGAGUUCUCUGCCCAAGUUUCUGAUCCGAGGCCAUUUAGACGCCACCAACUGUGUGAUCAGCCAGCCUCUGACCGGAGAGGUGCUGGUGGAGAACUCGGACACUCCCAUCAAAAGUAUUGAACUGCAGCUCGUGCGAGUGGAGACCUGUGGUUGUGCUGAAGGCUACGCCAGAGACGCCACCGAGAUCCAGAACAUCCAGAUCGCAGAAGGCGACGUCUGCCACGGCCUCUCCAUCCCCAUCUACAUGGUGUUUCCCAGACUGUUCACCUGCCCCACGCUGGAGACAACCAACUUCAAAGUCGAGUUUGAAGUGAACGUCGUUAUCGUGCUACACGACGAUCAUCUGAUCACAGAGAACUUCCCGCUGAAGCUCUGCAGAGUCUGAACCUGGAGCUGAGGCAGUGCAGUCCAGUUCACCACGACGUGAGACUCUGUGAAACCACAGCAGCUCAUCUCCAGUGGGAGAUCAGCGCCUUCAUCUACUAAAUAAGAACUUUGAGGUCAUGAGAAAUUUGGAGGAAAAAACUCUUUUAAAUGUUGUUUUUUGUGGCUCUGCUGAUGAUUUACAAUGAUUUGUCAUCCUUCUGAUUAACAGUGUACAAUUGUGAUAAAAUAUUAAAUCUGUCUCAGUA